AUGACACUCCGCGUCCUCAUCAUCGGCGCUGGCACCGGCGGCCUCGCCCUGGCGCACUUAUUGAAAAAGUCCAACACCAAUGUUUCUUUUGCCGUCUUUGAGCGCGACCGCACGCGCAGCGACGGCCUGCAGGGGUAUCGCGUGGGCAUAUCGCCCGAAGGUGCGCGCAGCCUCGCCGCCUGCAUCCCGCCGGAGCUCUUCACCAUCUUCCAGCAGACGGCCGCCGCGACGCCCGACUACUUCAACAUGCUCACCGAGCAGCUCGACGAGCUGAUCAGCAUCGACGGCUUCAGCCGCGCCUCGGCCGACGGCGUGGCGGCCGAGUACUCGGUGAGCCGCAUGACGCUCCGGCAGCUGCUCCUCACCGGGCUGGAGGACCAUGUGCAGUUUGAUAAGCACUUUUCGCACUAUGCGCAGAAUGAAGAAGACGGCACCGUCACAGCGCAUUUCAAAGACGGUAGCUCCGAGAUUGGAGAUAUGCUUGUCGGGGCUGAAGGCACCAAUUCGCCCACGAGGAAGCAAUACCUACCCCAUGCCGUGAUUAAAGAAUCCGGCCUGUAUGGACUCGGCACCAAGGCGCCGCUCAACGAAGAGACGAGAGCGCUGCUGACGCCGCAGAUGCUGCGCGGCGUGACCAUGGUGCAGGCGCCCCGUGGCGACAGCACCAUCAUCCACGUCAUGGAAUUUCCGUGGGACGACGCGCACAAGCCCACGGCCAGCAGCAUCGGCGGCACCGACGCAGCGCUGCUCCGCGCCUGGCCCGGCGCGCACUUUGACAACACGCGCGACUACAUCCUGCUCGGCUUCGGCGCGCACGGCGACCGCGUCCCGGCCGGCAUCACGACCAUGGACGGCGAUGCGAUCCACGCCUUUUUACUUCAGCAGACGGCCUCGUGGCAUCCGCAUCUGAAGCGGCUGUUUGCGCUGUCGGACCCGAGCACGAGCUUUGCGCUGAAUAUCCGCACCACGGAGCGGCUCGCGCCGUGGACGAGCACGAAUGUCACGCUCCUUGGCGACGCGAUCCACACCAUGACGCCUGGUCUCGGCGUCGGCGCCAACACGGCCCUGCUGGACGCCCGCAUCCUUGGCGAUCAUCUGGUGCGCGUCGCCAAGGACGAGCUUGGCAUCGUGGAUGCGAUCGCAAAUUACGAGGGGCAGAUGCACUCGUAUGCAUGGGAGCGGGUCGAAAAGUCGCUCGAGAGGUUUAACAAAGACGAUGCGAUUUACAAGCCAGGAGUUACGGGCUGGCUCGCUAUGAUGGCCAUGCGUGGCGGAUUGAGACUGGUGAAUGCCAUUCCGCCUCUAAAGAGAAAAAUGGCGGCACAGAUGAAUCGUCAACGGGGGCAGACGGAGGAGUGA